GGCUGCGCCCUGAGAAAACGUGCCUUUUCCAAAAAAAAUUCAAAACCGCGCUAGAAAGUUUAAUAAAGCUCUUUUUAUGAUUUUGUUCCGUUGAUUUGAAAGUCUUUUCAGUAUAGAUUAGCAGAGGACGUAACAACAGCAUUUCAUCAUGCCGAGGAUACUUUUCGACGAAGACAGUGACUUAGAAUCCGACUUUGAAACGGAGCUUGGAACUCUCAAGGAAAAGCCGAAAAAGACUGAAAGAGGAAGUGAUGAUGAAUUAGAAGAAAGCGAUGAUGCCGCAUCUGAUGGUGGGGAUCUUAUCCAGGAUUCGGAUGAUGAUGCUCCAGAGGCUGUCUCCUUCACGAGCGGCCGUCAGUCCGCACUCACCGCCAUGAAGUCUGCCAUGGAACAGAUUCAAAAAGACAAAAUCUCUACAAAGGACAAACGGCGGAAGCAAGAUGAACAGUACAAAAAACAGAAGGAAGAGAAGCUGGCCUUGUUGGCCAAGAGGAAACUACCAGAAGAUCUCCUGGCGUCAGUGUCUGCUUCGAGGCAGAAGAUCGACUUGGAGGGGAAGAAGAAGAAGAUGAAGAAGGAAAGAAAACAAGUAGAAGUUGUGGAAGAACCAGAGUUUCAGUCAGAUCUAGACUCGGAACAGGAAGGAUUUCGAAGUGCUGAAGAUGACAACUUUAUUCCUCUUGGGAGAAGUGUGUCUGGCUUCCAAGUCGUCUCUGUCAAGGAGGUCUCUAAGGCAAAAAGUUUAUCUCAGGACGCAAAGAACUUUCGACAGAAUAAAUUAUUUGGUUCAAGGGUGCCGCGAGAGUCGGUCCAAGCCAAAAUGGCUAAAGAAACAAAGAGAAAAGUUCAAGCCAUGAGAACUCGACCACGUAGAUGAGGACAUCUUUGUAAAGUGUACAGCAGCCAUUUUAAUUUACCUGUAUUUUGUAAAUAAAUUCCUUUACUGUAAAAUUGCUCUUUUGAUUACGUUGUAUUUGAUUACGUUGUAUUUUGUAUUUAUUAGAUGUAAGUCUGCAUACUCCUGUCCCAUUUCAGUUUGUAUGAAUGAGCUGUGAUUUCUUGCUGUGUUCUCCUACCCAAAGCACAACAUGCAGUCAUAUAAUGGGGUCAUUCAUAAUAUAUGUACGCAUCAAGGGAGAG